AUUCCAUCUCUUUCAUCAUCGUCACCGUGUUCUCUUUCUCCAUCUUACUGUUCGUCUAAUCAUUACCUGUCCUGUCCUGUACUCUCCUUUUGAAAUUUUCAGACUGAUUGAGGCUGUGCUGUUUGAUAUUUGCCACGCCACUGCAAGACAAAAAAGGACAUUACUCCAUUGCCUGUCUUGCCUGUCUCUCGCUGUACUCCGUACAAGCACUUACAUUUCUUUGUCGCUUUAUUGCUUGGGUUUCUUCCAUGGGAGUCCCCUGAUUGGAAUUCGUCCCAACUCAAAAGUUCUUUCCCAACUUUCCCAUAGCCAUUUACCCAGGCAAUCCAGGCAUCGCUUGUGUGCCCCCCAGCAACCCAGGCCUCUUUAGCUCGACUGCCGUGUCAGUCUUGGCUUUUCCCAUUCCAUUUGAAUUUGUCUUGGCUCAAAGCUUGCUCUGGGCAGUCUUGUCUCUUUUUUUUCUACUUGGCAGGCUGACCCAGACCGAAUUCUAAUCGACCAGGACACAAGUCCGAUCAAUCCAUCAAAAACCGCCUUCAUCCCAAGAAAGAAAAAACCCGUUCCCGCACUGCCACAAUCCACAAUCGAGAAGAAACAAGACGGAUAAAAGAAUCAACAAAAAAACAAAAUUAAUUAAUUCUCAGGGAAGCGUCUGUGCGCGUCUGUCCAACACGUGCCGGCGCGUCUGCUUUUCUCUGCAGUCAACUGAGUACAGUGUAACAUCAGGUUGACUCGGAUCAGCAGUGCCUCUUUACCUUUCUCUUACCUGUCCAUCCAAAUUACAACUCUUUUUUUUUUUCUCCAAUCGAGGAAAAAAAAAUAAGGGAAGAAAAAUACAGAGAAAAAUAAAGCAGACGAAAAAAAGUACGACCGACCGGACCCAACGCCCGACUUACUCAAAAAGGGUUUUCCCGACAGCACAGGUGGCUGCAGCUAAAUACCCAUGGUGUCCUCUGUUAAUUUCGUUCGGGAGCUCCGCAACGCCAUGGCGAAUUGGGCCAAGGUGAGCGGUCCCAAUGGCCAUACCGGUCCUGCCGGUGCCGGCAUCACCAACGGUAACGGUAACCGAAGCCGUUCCUAUCAUGACGAUGAUGAGAACACGCCGCUCAUCCUACGUCCGGGCUCCUCACCGGCUAUUCCGGCAUGGAGGCGCUUCCUCUGGGACUGUCACCGUACUCCUGGCGACGACAGCUCCAACAUUGUUGUCAAGGCGUUAGCCAACACUUGGCACGUUACCAAGAUUUCGCUACUGAGCAGCCCCGUUAAUAUUUUAAUGGUAUUUGUGCCCGUUGGCAUCAUUGCGGGCGUAAUGCACUGGUCCCCGGCGUGGGUCUUUACGUUAAACUUUUUGGCCAUCAUUCCCCUGGCCGCCAUUCUCUCCUUUGCGACGGAGGAGAUCUCAGUCAAGCUUGGAGAAACUCUGGGAGGACUCAUUAACGCCACGUUUGGAAAUGCCGUUGAGCUGAUUGUUAGCGUGAUUGCCCUCAAACAAGGGCAGAUCGAAGUCGUGCAGGCCUCGAUGCUGGGCUCGAUUCUCUCUAACCUCCUACUGGUCAUGGGCAUGUGCUUCCUUCUGGGCGGCUGGUUCAACAUGUAUGAGGAGGGCACUGAUGUCGGCAUGGAGCAAGCGUUUGCUUCUGGUACCGCUCAGACGACCUGCUCACUUUUGACUCUGGCAGCCGCCGCCAUGAUUAUUCCCGCCACACUCUAUGGUGUUCUCAGCGAGCGCAAAGAUGGUCAUGGUUCGGACAAGGAAAGAGACGAUUCGAUUCUCCUUCUUUCACGCGGAACAUCGAUCAUCCUUUUGAUUCUCUACUGCAUGUACCUCUGGUUCCAACUUCGUACGCAUAAGAACCUUUUCAGCGUCGACACGCACGAAUCCAGCGAGAACGGCGAUAUCGAGGCGAUCGACGCUACCGAGCCGAACGCGAUCAAGGACGAGGAUGAGGAUGAGGAGGAACACAUGACUUGGUGGGCGGCCGGCAUUGUCCUCGUUGCCGUGACCGUUGUCAUCUCUUUCUCGGCUGACUACCUUGUCGAGUCUAUUGAGCCCAUCGUUGAGACGGGCGUCCUCUCGCGCUCCUUCAUCGGUCUGAUCCUGAUCCCUAUUGUGGGUAACGCCGCAGAGCACGUCACAGCCUGUGUCGUGGCGGUUCGCAACAAGAUGGAUCUCGCCAUGGGUGUCGCUAUCGGGUCUAGCAUCCAGAUCGCCUUGCUUGUUACCCCAGCGCUGGUCAUUACUGCCUGGGUCGCCUUGGACGACACGCCCAUGAGUCUGCGCUUCGACACUUUCCAGACAGUUGCAUUUGCGCUCUCAGUACUCGUUGUUACGUACACAGUGCAGGACGGCAAGUCCAACUACCUGGAGGGAGCCAUGUUGCUCGGGCUUUACAUUAUUAUCGCUCUGGCCUUUUACGCAACCCCCAUCUGAAGGGUUCAUAACUGGGCCAUGGUCAAAACUUGACGGCCAACCAUGAAUGGGGUCUCCAAGGGAUCCAGCUUGGUCGAGCUCAUGGCACAGGGAGUUCCGACUUGAUAUUGAAGCCCUGAGAAAAGCACUUCGGGCAAUAUCUGAACUCACAUACACUGUUGGCAGCUAGUCCAGCGACAGCUAAACAGCCCAUCAACUAACUAUAAGCCAUGGAAUUUAACCCACGGAGAGUUUUUCCGACAUGUGCCACGGUUUCUUAGACUAAGUCUCACAAGAGCUUUGUCACACGCGAACUUUAUUCACACUUUUCUUUUGUCAAUAUCCCAUUCUUGAGAGGGGCGUCCGAGGGAGGAGGUGCAAAUAUCCCGGCCCAUCUUAUUUUUUUGUUGCCCGAGGUUGGGUCUAUACCUUUGUCCAUUUUCGGUGUUCAGGCGUUGGCUUUCGUGCGGCUGGCGGAUAUUCCGGCCGUGGAAAAGAACAUGUCAGCGGAUUUUACUUGUUUCUAUUUCUUUGGUCUCUUCACUGUACUAUCUUGAACGUGCCAUCUGUACUAUAUCGAUACUGAACCAGACUUUCUUAUAUUACCCGUUGCUUCGUG